UUCCUUCACUAUUUCUUAUCUUGUUGCUUGCAUUUCAUUCGGGCUCGCUGCUGUCAAAUUCGGUCCUUCAAUAUCACCAGUACUCCUGAGAAAUAGAGAGAACCAAAAUGGCGGAAGCUGUCAUCGUCGGUAUUGCUGGAAAGAUCGUUGCUUAUCUGGUUCCCCAAGCACUAGAUAAUGUUGGAAUGUUAUGGGGCAUCAAUCAUGAACUCGAGGCACUUGGGGACACUGUCUCCACUCUUCAGUCUGUACUAGACCAUGCAGAAGAGCAAUACCACCGGAGUCCCCAAAUCAAAGAUUGGGUUGAUAAAUUGAAAGAAGCUUUCUAUGAUGCACAGGACGUGCUUGAAGAAUUCAAUAUAGAAGCUAUGCGACGAGAAUUGAGGGGCCACAAUGAAAUGAUGAAGGAGGUAAGGACAUUUUUCUCAAGUUCAAACCAGCUUGCUUUUAAAAUGAAGAUGAGUUACAAACUAAGAGACAUGAGGAAGAGAAUAGAAGCCAUUAAAGCUGAUAAGGGAUUCCACUUGGAUGAGCGCCCUGAGAGAGAGUGGAGGAAGAGAGAAGAGACGCAUUCGUUUAUACAUGAGGAACAUAUUAUAGGGAGAGAAGAUGAUAAGAAGAUGAUCAUGGAAUUUUUACUAGACUCAGAUGUGCAGGAGAAUGUUUCCAUCCUUCCGAUAGUUGGUAUUGGGGGGCUUGGAAAAACAGCUCUCGCUCAAAGCGUGUAUAAUGAUGAGAUGGUCAGUAAACAGUUUAACUUGAAAAUGUGGAUUUGUGUCUCUAAUGACUUUGACAUGACAAAAAUAGUGAAAAAUAUGAUAGCUUGUGCAAAGAAGAAAGAACCAACCGAGGUUGUGAUGGAAUUGUUGCAAAAUGAACUGAGGGAAGAGAUUAGUGGAAAGAGAUACCUCCUAGUUUUAGACAAUUUGUGGAAUGUAAACCGAGAAACGUGGUUGAAAUUAGAAACUUUAUUGUUGGGAGGUGCUAGAGGAAGCAAGAUCCUUAUAACUACACGCCUUAGUUUGGUUGCGAUGAUCACCGGCACUACUUUGCCUCAUCAUCUCGAGAGCUUAUCUGAAAGUGCGUCUCUCAAAUUACUAAUGCAAAUUGCUUGUUGUAAAGAAGAGGAUGUACAAGAUCCCGACAUGCUAGCUAUUGGUAAAGAUAUAGUAAGAAAGUGCGAUAGGGUUCCAUUGGCUAUUCGAAUUGUUGGGAGUCUACUCUUUAAGAAAAGUAAGCAUGAAUGGUUGCAAUUCAAAGAAAAUGAGCUCCCAGACAUGUCUAGAAGGGAAGACAGAAUAAUCUCAAUUCUUAAGCUUAGUUAUGACCAUCUUUCUUCACAUUUGAAACAAUGUUUCGCGUUUUGUUCAUUGUUUCCCAAAGAUUAUGAGAUAAAUAAGCAGACUUUGGUCAAUCUUUGGAUGGCACAAGGAUUUAUCCGGCCAUCGAAUACAGGUCAACAUUUAGAAGACAUUGCUCAUGGAUAUUUCAUGGAUCUACUUUGGAGAAACUUCUUCCAAGAUUUUAAAAAAGAGCCAUUCAUGGGGAAGGAGAUUUGCAAGAUGCAUGAUUUGAUGCAUGAUCUAGCCUGCGUGGUUACCGGGACCAAGUGUUGGGUGGCAUGGGAUGAUACAAAACUCACACAUGAAAGAACUCUUCAUAUAUCCUAUGGUUUGACUUUCAAUUUGAGGGAUGUACUUCCAAUCUCAAGCUUGAAAGCAUGUGCAUUGAGAACAAUUCUAUCUACUACUAGAUAUUUGGAAGGAAGUGAGCAAAUAGAAGAAAGAAAACCAACAAGUGAAGCAGAACUACGCCAAUUAAUCCAAAGUUUCCAAAGGUUGCGCAUCUUGGAUCUACAUGGCACAAAGGUUGAGAAGGUACCAAAGUCCAUUUGUGAGUUGAAGUAUCUCACUUAUCUCGAUCUCUCUGACAACCAUACACUCAAAAGACUUCCUAACUCCAUCAAGGGAUUGCAAAACUUGCAAACACUUAAUCUCCACUACUGUGAUGCCCUCGAAGAAUUGCCAAGUGAUAUAAGGAAGUUAGUCAGCCUUCGGAAUCUAGACAUAGAUGGUUGUUCAAAACUUAGUUAUUUGCCACGUGGACUAGGGGAAUUGAGUUCUCUGCAUAGGCUAACGCGCUACAUUUUGCCUAAAGAUAAAGCUCAAGCUAAGAAUUAUUGCAAACUUGGGGAGCUAAAUGGGCUUAAUAACAUUCGGGGAAGACUUUCAAUUGAAAAUUUGAGAUAUGUAACAAAUGCAAAAGUAGAAUGCAGGAAUGCGAACUUGUUGGGGAAGCAUUCUCUAGAAUCUUUGGAACUUACUUGGAGAUAUUUCAAUACUAAUGAUGCGGUAAUUGCGAAUAGAGAUGAAGCAUUAUUGGAUGGACUGAGGCCACCCUCAAAUUUGCAAGAGUUGACAAUCCGGUACUAUGAAGGUGAGACCUUUCCAAGGUGGAUGAUGGAUAGCCUUUUAUCUUUCUUGCCACAUUUAGUUGAGGUAUGGUUUUGGAAUUGCAAAAGAUGUAAACGUCUCCCCUCAUUGGAUCAACUACCUCGUCUCAAGUCUUUAUAUAUUCAUGAUAUGCCUGAAUUGGAAUGUCUCGAGUUGGACCAAUCAUCCCCUUCAACAGCAUCUUUUCCUAUUCUAUUGAAAUUGGAGAUCGGUGGAUGUGAAAAAUUAGAAGCCAUGCCACUAGCUCCUCAUCUCGAGGAGUUAAAUCUGGCUUGUGCUCAUGGAGCGUUGUUGAUAAAUCAAAUGAUGCCUGGCCUUAAUAAGUUGAAGAGACUGGAUAUCUGGUGUAGGAAGUUUCUAGAAUUUUUGCCUGAGAAGUGUUUCCAAAGUCUCACCUCCCUUGAGUCUCUUCGCAUCAUUAAUUGUCAUCAGUUAACUUCCCUCUCACAAGGUAUGCGGCAUCUAACAAGCCUCGAGGAUCUCUCUAUCGAGCAAUGUGCGGAGCUGGAUAUGUCCAAAGACGAAAGUGGCAACGUCUUGGAUUUCCAUGGACUUCAUAGCCUUCGCUCCAUGGAAAUCUUUUACCUUCCCAAACUAGCAUCUCUCCCACAGUGGCUUCUUCAAGCCAGCAAUCUCGAGCGUCUCCAUAUUUCGCGAUGCCGCAAUUUGAAGGAUGUACCAGAGCAGAUUGAGGCCCUUCGAUCACUUCAACAGCUUGAGAUUUAUUGUUGCGACUUGUUGACAUUAUUACCUGAAGGAAUGCGAGGGCUCACAUCCCUUACUCACCCUAGAAUCGUGUAUUGCCGCAAUUUGAAGGCAUUGCCGGAGCAUAUCGAGGCCCUUCAAUCCCUUCAAUGGCUCAUAAUCAUGGAGAGCCCCUUGUUGACAUCAUUACCCGAAGGAAUGCGAAGGCUUACAUCCCUUACUCACCUAGCUCUCAACUACUGCAAUGAGCUGGAUAUAUCCAAAAACGAAAGUGGCAACAUCUUGAAUUUCCAUGGAGGCGUUCAAAGUCUUCGCUCCAUGGAAAUCAAGGGCCUUCCCAAACUAACAUCUCUCCCACAGUGGCUUCUACAGGCCCGCAAUCUCGAGCGUCUUGGAAUUUGGUAUUGCCACAAUUUGAAGGAUAUACCAGAGCAGAUCGAGGCCCUUCAAUCACUUCAAAAUCUUGAAAUCACCGGGUGCUCCUCGUUGACAUCAUUCCCUGAAGCAAUGCGAAGGCUCACAUCCCUUGCUCACCUAAACAUCGACGAUUGCGAAGAAUUAGAGAAGAGUUGCAAAAGACAAGCAGGCAAGGCCAAGAUUGCUCAUAUCCCGAACAUAAGCAUUGGAUGA